UUAGCUUCCACGGCUGGGAGAAUGCUACUAUGGUAGCCGGUGAGAUCGAUUCGUUUCGAGUACUACGAAAAGGAUUUCUCUGGGCUGUCUGCGGGGUUGGCGCCAUCUACCUAUCUGUUGCAAUUUUGUUGGCUGCCGCGUUCGAUUGGAACAGCACAUCCAUCGAGGCUGCGAAAGAAAGCGUUCCCGACAACUACCUGGCGCUCUAUCUUGGUGGCAGCAACUCUGCGAAUAUCGCAUCGGCCGUGCUGAUAUCUCUCUCCGCAUUUGGCAGUAUACUCAGUGUGACAUAUACUUGCGUUCGUGUCAAGCAAAGUAUAUCUUGGGCGAACAUCUUACCCUGGUCUCAAAUCUGGAGAAGAUCGGGCCCAGUGCACCCCCAAUACAGAUGGCAGCAAAUUGGUACAAGGCAGGAACUUGCACUCACAUUUUCCGAGAAAGCACUGGAUCGGCCAGGGACACCGCAGGGUGGUAUCAUUCUUCACUGGAUCAUGACCGUCUUCUACAUCUGUGUGACGGCUGCAUACACUCACAUCUCGGAUGCCAUAUCAUUCGCUGGGAAUUUGCUUGUGUACGGACAUUUUUGGGCAGAAGCUGCUGUCGCCCUCCUUUUCAUCCCAAUUGGUGCUUGGGGAUUCCGACCCAGACCUAUACUACGCUCACUGGCGCACGAGUGGCAUAUGGACAAGGACGGCCAUGAUCGUACUAGCGAGCCCGCAUCUUGGUUCAGGCCGAAGUUCGCUCCUUGGAUAGGUCCAUCGGUCCUGGGGCUGCUUGUCGCGACUUUCAGCAUUGCUAUAAUUGUGGCUGCGGUGGUCAAAAACUCCCAAACCCUGCUGUACGUCACGAUAGGCAUACUUGGAGCGGGAAUCUGCUACUGGAUGCUGUUUGUCAACUUUGAGACCUCGCGCACGAUAUUUGACGCUCUUGGCUUCCAAUUGUCUGCGCAGACGCAUGGUGUCGACGAUUUCAGUGAUCCCGACCGAGUAUGUCACUGGUGUGCAGAGGUCGACGGCGAGCAUCGCCAUCCCGUCGAGAGUUAUUUGACUUACAAUGUCAUCAGUUUGAAGGAUCAGGAAAGCCUACGCGCAAGAGUUCUGCACAGGGUAUUCGAUAGCAGCUCCUAGCUGUGGGUUUUCUCGCCGCAGAAUGCACAGGAGGGCAAUGGCGGAAUGUAGCGUCACAUUUAUACGUUGCGCAUCGGAAAAAUGAGAAUGCAUACCCGGCUUUUUCACCU